AUGGCCAAGUCCAAGAACCACACCACACACAACCAGUCCCGGAAAUGGCACAGAAAUGGUAUCAAGAAAACCCGGUCACAAAGAUACGAAUCUCUCAAAAGGUUUGACCCCAAGUUCCUGAGGAACAUGCGCUUUGCCAAGAAGCACAACAAGAAAGGCCUGAAGAAGAUGCAGCCAAAUAAUGCAAAGGCCAUGAGUGCACCUGCGGAGGCCAUCAAGGCCCUGGUGAAGCCCCAGGUGGUGAAGCCCAAGGUGCCAAAGGGCCCCAGCCUCAAACUCACCAUUCUGGCUUUAAUUGCUCACCCCAAGCUUGGGAAGCAGAUUAGAAGCUACAUGGCCAGGGGUCGUAGACUCAAAAAAAAAAAAAAAAAAAAAAAAAAAAAAAAAAAAAGCCCAAGAUUCAAGCCAAGGCAGAGGCCUCAGCUGCAGCUCAGGCUCCCAAAGGUUCCCAGGCCCCUGUGA